AUGAAACUGCUUAUCGUCAUCUCUCUCUUUGUUUUUAUUAAUGCUGACUCCAACGAAACAAAGGAAGAAGAGAUCGCAGCCCGUAUCUCAACUGAUAUUCAUGGUCACAAAGUGCUAAUUUACAGCAAGACGUAUUGCCCUUACAGUAAAAAACUGAAGAGAUUACUUAGUUACUAUCCUAUUAAAGAUCUGAAAGUUAUUGAAUUGGACAGGCAGAAGGAAAUGAAAGGAAUCCAGAACUCCCUGAAACGAAUCACCGGUCGUUCCACAGUGCCUCAAUUGUUCAUCGAUGGCGAAUUCGUCGGCGGUCAUGAUGAAACACGAGCGAUGGAGGAUCGAGGAGAACUACGUAAAUUGCUGGAAAGAGCUCGAGCGCUGUGA